AUGGGGAUGGAUCGUAUGGAUAGGCUAAGUGAUCUACCUGAUGCACUGCUCGUGAAGAUACUAUCCUUACUGCCUACGAAACAAGUCGUGUCAACAAUGCUUUUGUCAAAAAGAUGGCUGUUUCUUUGGAUGUUUGUGUCAAGACUCGAAUACAAGGACGACGAUAUGUUCCAAGAGGGGAGGUUCUUGCGGUUUCUCUACAGUUCUUUGCUGCUGCACCAGGCUAAGGUUCUUGAGAGUUUUUCUUUGAAGCUUGGUGGAAACUCUACGGGUAUAGAUCUUGGAGUAUGUGUUACACUUGCUGUUAAUCGCUCUGUGCGUGAGAUGGUUAUCGAGAUUGAUGCUUCUUCUACUGAAACUCGAUUCAUACUUCCGAGGAGCUUGUAUACAACAGGCUCUAGAACGCUUGUGACUUUAAAGCUACAAAACGCGCUUCUUGUGGAUGUGUCAGAGACGGUUUCUUUCCCUUCGCUUAAAACUCUGAGCCUUAUAUCAAUGAAGUACCCACGUGAUGCGUUUUUCCGCACGCUUCUGUCCAGUUGUCCUGUUCUUGAAGACUUGUUUGUAGUCAAAUGCCGCGGUGACAAUGUGGCAUGUUUGGUGGUUAGAGUGCCUUCUUUAAAGUUUCUAACCGUGCGUGCCACAGCAGAAGUAGGCUACCAUCAGGGUUUGGUGCUCGAUGUUCCUUCUUCGGAGUUCUUGGACAUUGUUGAUUAUACAGAUGGGUUCUGUGUCGUUGAGAACACUAUGCAUAAGGUUAUAGAGGCCCAUCUUGAUGUGACUUAGUCAUUAUGUUUAACGACUUCAAUGGAUGCACAUUUCGAUGGAACAAUAUUUAGACAGCUUGAACAGUUGAAAGUAUGUACUUGCGAGACCACCGAAUGGUUGGAUCUACUUAUGCGUCUACUCAAAGCUGCUCCUAAGCUAAGGUUUAUUGUCCUUGAACUGUCUGAGAAUAAUCAUUACGUUUUGAUUGUGUGGGCAACGGUCAUCUUGACGUUGGACAUUGCUGAAAUCAUUCAUUAUAGUCUCCAGAAUUAG